UCAGCGUUGACUGGUCAUUGGGAUCUUUGGUGAACGCUCGUACACAUGGUUUACACCGUUGAUUCGUUACAAUUUUCCUGAAAAGUAAAUUGAAUCACAAACUUGGGCUUAGCAGAAUACACACUUCAAUCAUGGCUAAAGUGGGUGAGUCUGCUCCAAAUUCAGAUCAAUCCGAAAAUGAUGAGCAAGAAGAAAUGAUAGAAACUCAAAAUAAAAGGAAGUCCUCACAACCCGAACUAGAGGAGGAUGAGGUUAAAUACAACAUCAAAUUCACUGUUCCUAUGAGAAAGAAACUUCGAAACGAUUACGAUCCAGAGGAAGAAGCUAGGCUGGAACGACUUGUCUUCGGUGAUCACGCUGACGUUCUCAAUAAUCUACUGCAAGAUGAUGAUGACAAUGGAGACUCCGAGUCUAAGUUACAUUCCACCGCUCAUCUUCUUCCUGAUACUACUACUUCAGAAACAGAUACACUCCAUACCUAUCAUAUUAGUAAUGAGAAUGGAGAUGAAGUUUCAACAGAUAAGUCAGAUCCAGAGGAUGAGGUAGAAGGAACAGAGUCUGACUCAGGAGUUGAAGAAGAAGAUAUAAAAAAUGGAAGGCAGCCUGCUUGGAUUGACGAUGAUGACGCAGAGAACUGUUCCGUGCAAAAAGCUCUGCACUUACAGCAUCGUAAACUUCCAGUACCAGCUGCUGAAAACACUUAUAAGGAAUUGCUCAUAAAUAAGUACCAACAAUUAGUUGGCACCCCAAAAUGGGCCGAACUUGAUAGAAAAAAAGAUUUUGGUUCAGAAGAAGAGUCUGAUGAUGAAGUGUUAAGACAUAGCAGCCAUUUGAUAACUCCAAAGGUUAAAAAUUUAGCCCCUGGGACCAUUGAGCUGAAAGCUUUAAAAAAUAUAAAUCAUGAAACUCGGACAGAAGGACCUGUUGUAACAAAUCUACAAUUUCAUCCAACAUCUACGGUUGCUCUAGUCGCCGGGCUGUCUGGAGUUCUUUCCAUUUUUCAAAUCGAUGGCCGAACAAAUACAAAAUUGCACAGCAUGCAGUAUCAUAGGUUUCCAAUCAAUACGGCCAGAUUCACAAAAAAGGGAUCGGAGAUUGUGGUUGGUUCAGGACGGCAUGCUUAUUGUCAUGCCUAUGAUCUUCUGGCUGGAAAAACUCACCGAAUACCGCUACCACAUGGAAUGACCAACAUGAAGAAGUUCGAAUUAUCACCCGACGAAAAAUUUAUUGCGGUUUGUGGAAGGAUGGGCGUUGUAUACGUCCUGUCUAGUAAAACCAAAGAACUCGUGAGCACUAUGAAAAUGAAUGACCAAUGUACCGCAUUAGCAUUCUCCCCAGAUAGCACGAAAUUAUUUACACACGGUGAGGGAGGCGAGAUGUAUGUGUGGGAUUUGAGAGAACGAACUUGUAUGCACCGAGCAAUAGAUGACGGCUGCUUAGCUGGAUCAACUAUUACGGUGUCACCCAGCGGACAGUAUUUGGCAACUGGAAGUAAACAAGGUGUUGUAAAUGUCUAUGACAUGGGCACUGUCCUAGAGAAGAGAAGUCCAACACCAAUUAAAAUAGUUCUCAACCUUGUCACAUCUAUAACGAGUUUGCGAUUUAAUCCAAGUUCAGAAAUCUUAUCUAUGGCAUCAGAUGACGCUGAUAAUGCAUUUAAAAUGAUGCAUUUUCCAUCAGCCACAAUAUUUUCUAAUUUCCCUUCCUUUAACACAAGAUUAAAGAACCCCAUAGCUGUAGAUUUUUCUCCUAGCAGUGGAUAUCUGGGGAUUACAAACAACAAAGGUAGCGCGUAUUUGUACAGACUUAAACACUACGGGAACUAUUAAAUAUCAAGACACUCUCGGGUAUUGUGACAUGAAUAAUUGUAACAUUUUUGUGCAGAAUAAAUCAUAUUACUCAAGA